AGAGUUUGCAGUUCAAGUCGGGAUUUUGCCAUGGAGCAACACGGUGAGAAUGUCCCUGGUGGAUUACCAGGUGACACGGCGUAUUGCAGAAGGGCGCUUUGGCACAGUGUUCGCGGCCUGUCACCGGCCAACUGGACAGGAGGUUGCUAUCAAGAAGAUUCGAGCUCGAAAGAACUUGCCAGGCCUUGACUUUGAUCCAUGGUUCAAGAGCGCGGAACGCGAAAGAGAUGUGCUCGAGACCGUGAAACACUGCAACAUCAUCGAGUUGCUUGAGCAUCAUGUUGAACCUGAUGCCACCAUGGCCAUUCUCAUUUAUCCUUACCUAGCUUGGGACUUGGCUACUGUGCUUGAGAGGAAAAAACCGCUGAACGAGGGAAGUGUCAAGGUCUUGCUGCGCAUGCUGCUGGAAGGUGUGGCCUUUUUGCAUGAGCAUGGCGUAAUGCAUCGAGAUUUGAAACCUCCAAACUUACUGAUUGAUGGAUCCAGUGGGGAACUCAAGGUGGCGGACUUUGGCUCUGCAAGGUUCCUACAGGGCACUUCUUCGCGCAGCUUCGGAGAGCAGCUCAUGACGAGGGAUGUGUGCACUCGCUGGUAUAAAUCACCUGAGAUGCUCUUCGGCUCCGUGACUUAUUCCUUAGGUGUCGACCUUUGGGCGGUUGGUUGCACAUUCGCAGAACUGCUUUCCUCAGUAGCGCUCUUCCCCGGUGGCAGUGACCUUGAGCAAUUGUGCCUCAUCUUCCAGGCCCUCGGUACACCUGAUGAAGCAGAUUGGCCAGAAGUGCGGGAGCUGCCUGACUACUCGAAAGUGCAGUUCCAGCACAGAGCGCCAGACAUUCCGGACUUGGGCGAUCGAUCCGACGCAGCGAAGGAGCUGGUAUGGGCAUUUAUGCGACUCAACCCCGUGCAGCGAAUCAGUGCUCCCCAGGCCCUCUUCCACCGGUUCUUCCUCGAAGGCUGCCCUGCUUCUCGGGCGGAGGAAGUUCUGGAAGGCUUAUCUGAUUUUGGGCAUCAUCAACUUGAAGCCAACGUUGGGUCGAUCUCACCGGUAGGCCUCAGUGAAUUUGGGUCAGACUGCAGCCUUCUGAGCAUCCCUGGCGACUUGCAACCUGUCGAAGUGGAGACCACGGCCUGUGGGCCUGGAUCUAAGGAAUCUAAGGAUCAAAGUCCUUGGGAGUGAUGAAAGCAUUCUUUUCGACCCCAACAUCUCCUAACCGCUCCACUGAGGCUGUGGGACAAUGCUGAUGCACUUGAGGAGCCACCCCUACGUCGAGGGUGUCAAACUCCACCGCCGCCAGCUGAUGGCAUCCACAAGUUCAAGGCCAAGCGAUGAGGGAUCCGAAGCGAUUAAUCGGAGCAGACCAGUGAGCACGUCCAUCACUGCGCAGAAGUCGACUCGGAACAAACUCCAAAGGCUUCCCACGGUGGCAUGAGCAACAUGAGAUGAAAUGUGAGCCACAGGGCCCGAGGAAGCAGGGAUGCAGCGGGCUCUCGGCUCUCGCCAGAGAGAAGUGCACUUUGAUGAUGCGCCCCAAGUCCUUUUGCGGAAAUUUCUUCGUUUAAGUUUUAAAUGCAGUUUGUAGAGCAACGGAG